CCAGCGCAUUCUUCACCAAACCGGAAUAACAGAGAUCUGACAGGACGAACCACAGCGACAGAGACAGCGCCAGACAGGGGGUUUACACCUACACCACCCCUCAACCAGUCCCGAUACACUCGGCGUCUCCCAGUGUCUCCACAAACGGGAACGUGUCGUGUUGGCGAACUUAACGGAGACUUUAAGCGGGACGGAAGGGUAGAGAAGCAGGCAUCCGGUUAGACGCGCUGGCUCAGCGGGCUGGAGUCCAACUUGAGCUGGACACUUUCGCUCAUUUUCGUCGGGAUGCGCCCUGGACUUUUUUAAACUAAAUUUACGUCUUUUUUUGAGAUGGUGUAUGAACAAUGAAUAUUUGGUAACUCUUUGCCUCGCGCUUGUUUGUUUUUGGUUAGCAACGUAGUAAAUUCUAAUACAGGAAACCUGGAGCAGUAACUAAACCUCAGAUGUGAUUUAUCUACUCAGCUGGCUGGGCAAAUAGUUUAGUUUGUUUACUGAUCACAUCAGUCCAUUGUAUAGAUUGGCUGCACAAUUUUAAAACCAGUUUCGUUUUGUUGCUAGUGUAGUUAAACUGAGCUUUGCUGCGGUUUUAAAAGCUCUUGGCCAAGUCUCUCAUAGGGUUUGGUUUAUGUCUAUGCAUAUUUCUUGCCAGCAAACCUGUCUGAGUUCCUGACUGGUUAGAUCAUAGUGCCAGUGUAAUAACAGAUUUAUAAAGGGAGAUAAAAACAACAGAACAGAUUUGAUCUCAAGCUGUUCUGCUUUGCUUUUGUAUAUAUAUAUAAAUAUAGGCUGCAUUUCUUAUGAUAGGUCUAUAUUGGUGAGGCUCAGUCUGGCUGCCAGGUGAUAUUUUCUGCCUGAAACCUUUGAGCUAAGCUGACAGAUAGCGAUGACAUUUCCCAAAAGUUGUUUUGUAUCUUCAGACUUUAUUAUCAGUACUUGUUCUUGUUGCAAAUGCUGCAUCAGUAAUAUUAGCUAACAAAAGCUCAGUUUACCCCAAAAAUCAGUCACGGCAUCUUCAAUUGUGACAACAUUUUUACUAGAUAUUUUUGUUAGCAGAUUUCCUUUUUUUUUGCUACACUUAAUGCCAGUUGACUAGAUAAGUCACGUUACAGUCUCAAGCUCGUUCAUUAAUCUGAGUUGGUCAGGUGUAUUUUUUUAAAGUCAUAUACAAGGUGCUGGUGAAUACACACACCAGGUGAGACAAGGUCAAGUUUAGUAGUCGUUAACGGAUAUCACAGCUGAAUAAAAAUGUCAGGACAGUCCAUCACGGAUCGCAUCGCUGCGGCCCAACACAGCAUGACUGGAUCGGCCAUCAGCAAAGCUGUCUGCAAGGCCUCAACGCAUGAAGUCAGUGGACCCAAAAAGAAACACCUUGAUUAUUUGAUUCACUGCACCAAUGAGAUGAAUGUGAACGUGCCCCAGCUGGCCGACACUUUGUUUGAACGAAGCGCCAACAACAGUUGGGUCGUGGUCUUCAAAGCUCUCAUCACCACACACCAUCUGAUGAUGUAUGGAAAUGAGCGUUUCAUUCAGUAUCUGGCCUCGAGAAACACACUCUUCAAUCUCAACAAUUUCCUCGAUAAAGGUGCAUUGCAAGGCUAUGACAUGUCCACAUUCAUCAGGCGAUACAGCAGAUAUCUGAACGAGAAAGCGCUUUCUUAUAGAUUGGUAGCCGUGGACUUCACCAAGAUGAAGAGAGGUAUCGACGGAGUCAUGCGCACCAUGAACACAGAGAAGCUGAUCAAAACUUUGCCCAUCAUUCAAAACCAGCUGGACGCACUGCUGGACUUCCAGGCCAACCCGAAUGAGCUGACUAAUGGUGUGAUCAACGCUGCCUUCAUGUUGCUCUUCAAAGACUCCAUCCGUCUGUUUGCUGCCUAUAAUGAGGGCGUCAUCAACCUGCUGGAGAAAUAUUUUGAUAUGAAGAAAAAUCAGUGUAAAGAUGCCUUGGACAUCUACAAGAAGUUUCUCUACAGGAUGACCAAGCUGUCAGAGUUUCUCAAAGUGGCUGAGCAAGUUGGGAUUGAUCAGGGUGACAUCCCAGAUCUCACUCAGGCUCCCAGCAGUCUCCUGGAAGCUCUUGAGCAGCAUCUGGCCUCUCUGGAGGGCAAGAAAACCAAGGAGCUCUCUGCAGACAACAGAGCAAACACUCUGUCCAAUGCUGUGUCGUCCCUGUCCAACACGGGAAUGUCCUUCAGCAGGAUGGAUGAGAAGGAGAAACAACAGGCCCUUGAAGAAGAACAAGCCCGUCUGCAGGCGCUCAAGGACCAGCGUCUAAAGGAGAUUGGUAUGCACACCCCUUCUGCCUCCCCCAGCACACAGUCUAUGGGCAGUGCCAACAACCAUACCGCAGGCAUGGAUCUAUUUGCCAACAACACAAGCCCAAUGUCCACUAACAGCAUGCCAAACCUCAACAGCGACCUGUUUGACCUCCAGCCUGCCUUCGUCCCUGCAGUGCAGAGCACUCCUAUCACCACCAACAGCAGUGCCUGGGGAGGUCUAGAGAGCAGCACUCUUCACCCCAUGGCUUCCAUUCCCACCAUGAAUGUAGAUUUUGAUGCAGUAUUUGGGACUAAAACAUCUGAUAGUGACGUGAAGCCUUCAGCUGGUUAUGAUGCGUUAGGAGACUUGUUGAAACCUACAAUGACAGUUCACAGCCAGGCUCCUGUAAUGCCUCAUCAUACAGGUGGUAAACUGCUGGCCAGUGACCUGGACUCCUCUCUGGCCAAUCUCGUCGGCAACUUGCAGUUUGGGGGAAUACCAGGCAAAAAAUCUGAUAUGCAGUGGACUCAGCCCGGAGAGAAGAAGCUGACCGGUGGCACUAACUGGCAGUCGAAGACGAUGAGCAGCACCACUGCCUGGAGCCCUGCCCCCAUGCCACCUGCUGCCAUGCCCGUGCCACAUAUGCAGACUGGAAUGUUCUAUACUGGUUAUGCUCCUGCUCCCAUGGCGUUUCCCAUGACAACACCUCAAGUGCCUGUGUAUGGAAUAGUCCCUCCUCAGCUGGGACAGAUGGGAGGGGUUCCAGUGAUGACCCAACAGCCCAUGUUAUAUAACCAGACAGUUCUCAGACCCACUAACCCCUUCACCCCCAUCCCAGGAGCCCAGAUGCAGUUCAUGUAGUAGCACUUCAGCAGAUGGCUGAAGAAGAGGAUCCAACUACCACCAAAUGAAAGGAGGGAGAGGAAGACAAACAGAGAGGGAGAGAGAGCAAAUGGAGAGGAAUGUGUUUGCAUCAACAAUGCUUUACCUCAUUGUCUGAAAUGGCUCACCCAACACACACACACACAGGUCUCACUAUAUUAGUGAGGGCAUCUCAUAGAUUUCCACCGCUAUCAUAUCAGGCUCACGACACCUCUAAAACUCGCACAAACCUGUGAACAACGUUAGAUUAAUAAAAACAUGAUUCGGCUGAUUUCUAAGCAUUUUUCGCUACUGAGCACUUUGUUGUUUUUAAAAUUAGCCCUUGAAGGUAUCUAAACCUGUAUACAGCCACACUAAAUGACAGUGUGUUUUAUUAUUCAUCUCUGGAGUGUCAUUUCUUUCCUAGGGCACUGCUUUCAUAGAUUUUAUUGCGAAUCUUAAAUUACCUCGUACAGAAAAUUCUUGUUUUACUCGACAAUUAGUAUGAAUUGGAUCUGAAGCCCAGCACUUACUGUCAAUGCUUUCUUGUGCUGUGGUGAUGAAAAAAUGCCUUAAAGCAUAGAUGUUUCUACAUUAUAGAUGUCACACACGUUUAUUAGCACAAUGCCCUGGCUUCUCAUUUUAAAAACAAGGAACGGAUUUGAUCCAUUAUCUAAGCACUUCUCACACGCAUUUAUGUCUAACAGAAAUUUAACGAGCUGGUCUCUUCUCCGAAAUGUUAAUAGUAACAAAUCUACAUUCUGAUGUUACUCGUCUUUAAAUGGUCAGUUAACCAAAUCUGUGUUUAUAUCGGGUUGGGGUUGCUGCUUCAGACACGGUGGUAUUAUGCAAACACUGCUGUUGCGUCAUUCUGGAUGUGUUACAUGAGCCACAUGAGGAGCCUCUCUCCCUCACCUCCCACCUUGUUGUGUCACCCCAGGACACUGAUAAACAUAUCUGUUCCUUGUCAGCUGUGUGAGACCCCGCCCACAUCUGCAACCCACCCAGGGAAAUGAGUAAAAUGAUAAAGUAGUUAAGAGGGUGCGAAUAAACAUAUUCUGUUUCUGAGUUUGUUUUAAAGCUUUGUUUUUCGAGAAUUACAUGAAUUCAUGUUGCACAUUGCCAAAUGAUGAAAUUUGUGGUUUGAGUUGUAAAAUGAGCUACGGUAGUGUUCCCGAGCCCUGGACGUCACAGUAGCGAAUUUAACGCACAUAUCAGUGUUUGCCAACUUUUGAACCAAAAUGAAUCGCUAAAGUCUACUUGUCUGGAGUCUUUGUUAACAGGGUUUCUUUUGUGCUCGUGCAGCCAAAGUGUUUGCCGUUAAAUCCUUUAGCGCUUUUUACGCCACCAUUCAUCCCAUAAUUCCUACUGUUGUACGGCUUGUAUUCUGCAUAAAUUGGCAGUAUGAUAACUUCUGCCAGUUAUUGUGCACUGUUUCUUUUCUUUUAUUCACAUUUUUUUUCAAGUGCAAAGUGUGGAGAAUGUAGUUGCUGACCGUUGUGCGUGCCCAGGGAAGAUUUUACAGCCCCAGUUACAUUUUAUUUUUGUGUAUUCAACAACAUACGAUCAUAAAUUAAGCUAAACUUGAGUCAUUUUAAGAAAAAUGGUCUUUACGUUAAUUUUUUGAUUGAAUGGAGCAGCCUACAUAUAUCUGAUGUAGCUUGGCCAUCCUUCAGUUCACAUAGGUUUUAAUAGGACUUAACCCGAGUAAGAGAGUGAAAAUCGUGAGCCUUUAGGGAGGGUGAAAGAUCUCGAGGCAUGUUAGGGUGCUAUCAUGAGCCAAGGUUUCCAUGGUAAUCUCCAGUUUCAAUUCCUUGCGGUCUUAAAAAUCCCUAUGUUUUGGCACAGGUCGUUGAGCACAUGUUUUCCACAUUUUUUUGACUCGAAACGUUAUUCAGACUCUCAUAGAUUAGCUGCCCUUCCUGUGGUGUAGCCUACACUGUCUCUUAAAUAAAAUACUAGUUUCUUUGAUAACCACUCGCAUUUGAGUUCAUGUUACUUUGCUAACUUUUAAAUGUUAGAUUGUGGUUCACCUCAGGUCACAUUAGACUUGGACUUCAAAUCGGUGUUCACUUUAUCAUCAUCGUCUCGAACCCUCCACGUGUACCACUGCUCUGCGUUGGGAUGUCCGCCCCUCUCCCUCCCUCUAGUGGUUGUUGCUCGCUUAACCCACAACAUGCGUCAUCUUUCAUGUAGACGACUGCCAGGAUGUGUUAGUUUAAUUGAAGUUUAACAUGAUGCGAUUGUGCGCGCAAAAGCAAAUACGAUAUCUGAGUGUCUCAGACUCUCCUGCUUAUUUCUUCACAUUUCCAGACCACUUAGCCUGAUUUUACACGUCUAGGCUGGACUUAUUAGCCGUCCAGCAGUGCUCAGCUCAGCAGAAUCGAUGUGUCAGCUUGUGGCGCACGUCCUGGACCUCCGGUGGGGAUAUAGUCUUUGUAAUAAGUUGGUAUCCAGGGUCCCUUUCAUCUUAGUGUUGUCGGGAGCAGCUCGACUUCUCCGACUUUAUUAACAUGCAUGCUUUGUUUUUAGAUCCAGAUUUUGUUUUUCCUUUAGGGUAGACCGUUUGUCCGCUGAAUUGUGUGUUGUGCGCGUUUUUAUGUCCAGCAACACAUUCUUAUUCGUAUCUUUUUUUUAGUUAAGUUUUUUUGUUACGGAAAUGAUAUUUAGACAUUUGUAUUCAAUACGGCUUUGUAAUCCCUGUGUAUCAGCCCGGGGUUUCAAGGCUGCUGUUUUUGCCCAUUUAUCAUCCAAUGCCAAAAAGGAGAACGCCAACCUCCACGUUUAUGCUGAUUUCACCACCACCUGUAAAUUUUUUGUAUUUAUUUAUGCAGACCAUAAUGAUUUUAUGCAAAAUAACAUGCAGAAAUCUUGGGAUUGUUUCACUUGUAUUUUCUUUCAUCGUCUUUCAUUUUGUCUGAUAUAAAUAAAGUCCUUUUUCAUUCUUA